GUCCCCACCAUGUCCCCUGCUGUCCCCGCAGGAGCCUCCUAAACAAGCCCAAGAGUGAGAUGACGCCGGAGGAGCUGCAGAAGCGGGAGGAGGAGGAGUUCAACACGGGGCCCCUCUCCGUGCUCACCCAGUCCGUCAAGAACAACACCCAGGUCCUCAUCAACUGCCGCAACAACAAGAAGCUCCUGGGGCGCGUCAAGGCCUUCGACAGACACUGCAACAUGGUGCUGGAGAACGUCAAGGAGAUGUGGACGGAGGUGCCCAAGAGCGGGAAAGGCAAGAAGAAGUCCAAGCCGGUCAACAAGGACCGCUACAUCUCCAAGAUGUUCCUGCGCGGGGACUCCGUCAUCGUCGUCCUCCGCCAGCACGAGCGGGUGGUCCGGCCGGAGGGGGACGAGGACGGGGACAGCGACGCCGACCCCCCCGCGCCCCUCCAGCUGCUGGGGGGCCCCCACGGCGGGGCGCUGGGGGGGCCCCCUCUGCCCCCAUGA